AUGGCUGCAUCUGUCAUGGAUGGCGCGGUGCAAGCAGCCCUCAGCGGUGAGGGCGGCAAAGGAAAAGGGAAGUCUCGACCGCCGCCGCCUCCCAAAGCUAAAGCCAAGCCCAGGGCGGAGCAGGGCUACAACGCUCAGCUACCAGAGGGCAAAAAUGUUGGAGAAAGAAAGAUGCCUCCCCUGCCAAAGCCCGCAGCUGAGGAGGCCCUGGUUGCGAUCGCCAAGCUGCAGUGCGACGAUGGCUCCUGGCAGCUUUCAGAUGAGCUCGCGGGAGUGCUGGGUCUAUACCCUUCAGCCUUGGCUUUGUCGCCAACACCCACAGCCACAGUUCCGAGUUGGGACCGCCUGGUUGCCACGUCCACGGCGAGACAGGCCUUGGAACGCUGCCGCUCGAUUCUGGCCGCGCGGGGAAGUGACCGGGACGAGACCUUGAGCGUGGCGGGUGCGGCGUCAGUCCUGGGCUCGAAGCUAUUAGACGCCGCCAUUGACUACCUGGAUGCAAAGUGGAAGGAGGUCUCCGAGUGCAAGCAUCUGCUCCACCUCUAUGCACGGCAGCGGUUUAGUUUGGACAUGGCUGUGACGAAGCUCCUGGACCAGCAGCUGCCAAGACCCGACUGGCAGGCGCAGUUGAGGGCCAAGAUGUCGGUACACAAGACCUGUGACGUCUGUGGGAGCAGCUACACGGCAGCUGUCGGGAAAUGCUUGGUGUGCUUUCCACCCGAACUCCCUGCUGAGCCGGAACGACGAAAGGUGGAGGAGCAGCUCGCGUGGCAGAAGCUUCCCUCAGCUCCGAUCAGUGUACCUUUGGACUGGUCUCAACCCGAAGGUAUGAAGCCGUGCGAAGGCGGAUCCGGUGGCGUGGCCCUCUUCAAACUGCCCCAGGGCGUGGUUGCAGUGAAGCCACAGAAAAUGACAGCCGCCGCAGAGUUCCUGGCUAUUCAGGUAGCGAAAGCUGUUGCAGUUCCUGUGGCGGAUAUCCGAGUGGUGCGGUGGGUGGAUCAGGAGUAUGCUUCGAUUCAUGACACCCUUCGGAGUGUCGAUCCCAACGAAGAGCAGGGAUUGAACAUGCUGAAGCUCAGACUGCAUCACCGCAAUUGUGAGUUCUUCGGCAUUCUGGAGUAUAUCCCUGGAAUCGGUGUCCAGGGUCAAGAGCUGCACGAGCGGCUGCAAGCUAUGCAGCCUCACAGAUUAGAUGCCUUCUGGUAUCAGGUUGGUGAGAUCGUUGCCUUCGAUGCGUUAAUCAACAAUGUUGAUCGUGUUCCACUUCUUUGGGACAACGAAGGCAACACCGCCAACCUGAUGUUGCGGGAGGAUGCCGAGGACGUUGCAGUUGUGGGCAUCGACCAAGCUGUCACAGCCAUUGUCGCUCAAGGCCCCGGCCGGGAUCGAUACGCAGGCAGGUUGCGGCUCCUAGCGGAGGGCCUCUUCACCGGGUCCUGGCAAGAGAAGGAGGCACAAGGCCCACAAGGCUCAACUCGAGGAGGGGCCUGGUCCAUCGGUACAGGCAUGGCACAUGUUUCUGAGUGCUUCCAGCUAAGCUGUGGCGCGACUAUCCAUUGGAAACCCUUCAUGGAUGGUGUUCGAUUCCGGCUGAACUUCAUCGCUGACCUUGUGGAUAAUGGUACGUUGCGCACGGCGCUGGAUGAAGCCACCGCCGCUGCUGAUGAGGUCUUCAGAGCAGCAACUGUGGAUGUUGGCUUCCGACAGCUGCCGAAGAUGCAAGACUUCCUGAUGGAAAUGGCAUCCAUCAUUGCGGAAACGAGGUACAUGCUGUCAGUGGAUACUCUGGUGGCGGCAAGGUAUCGAAUGAUACUUUGCACGUUUACGCAGACGACUCGUCAGGGGCUGAUCAAGACCUACGAGGAGGAGGACCACGAGCCAUGGGGAGCGUACGGCUUUGCUUUGAAUCACAAGCACCUGCCCGAGAUGGCAAGAUGGACCGGUUUGCAAGAGGAGCCGAUCUUCUGCCCUGCUGUGGGAGACUUCAAGCAAGGUUCUCGCAGCUCCGGUCAGGCAUGGAUACGUUCACUGGAGCUAUCUGGAGCUCAGCAGAGUUGCCCUGUCCUGGAAGGCACGACCGCAUCAGACGUGCAUGCAGCCAUGGCAGCCCACUACGAAGGGUGCUUGCGAGCUCGGCGGCAGUACUCGUUCGCCGGCACCUGGCACGGCGCAGAGCGGUGGCUGCAAGCUCAGUGGGCUCCGGCAUCGCAGGUCGAGGGCGAUGUUCAUUCAGAGGCGGUUCAAAAGUGGCUUGAUUCCAUGAUCAUUGGCCUGAGCUUCUGCCCGUGGGCCAAACCUGCCAGCGAGGCAGGUGGAAUUCGCAUCGUAACGAGCAUGGCGAAGUCGCCUGCGGAUGCCCUGGAAGAUCUCAAAGCUGAAGCGGCAAGGCUGCAAGGAGCUCCGGGCACCACAGCGACUACGGUGACUACACUUCUGGUGUGUCCUGGCGUGAAGCCUUGGGAAGACUUCGCAGAGUUCAACGCCUUUCGAGAGACCGAGCUCGGGAAUGGUGAGGCCCUAGUGAAGGAGUUUGGUUGCAAAGUGGUUUGCUUUCAUCCUCACUCUCGGGCAUCUGACAGCUAUGGUUUACAAGAGGGUGACGAGAUCGUCAUCCGCAGAGAGGAUGGUGAGCAGCUUUGUGGGACCAUCUUGAGCAUGGCUCAGGGUGAGGAGGGCGACAGCAUCUUGAGGGUCCAGUUCUAUGGCAAAGUGGACCAAGGUAAUGCAGAGGAUGGCGAGUUUGGCAUGCAGCCUUUUGCGGACUCCGAAGAUCACGUUGAUUGUGUUCCAGAGGAAAGUGUGCUGCAGUUACUGGGCCGGGAAGCCCUCCAGGAGGAGGAUGCCUGCCGCAGCAUAUUGGGCCGCGCACCCCGAAUAGUUCUUCAUCUUCUCCGUGCUGCAGAUCUGGAGGCUGUCGACAAUCAGAAGGCAUUUGAGACCCUCGAAAGAAAUGAGCAGGUGGUUGAGUCAAUGGGUGAAGAAGAAUUCGAUCGACGUGUGCACGAGUGUGGCUGA